GAAAGGGGGGAGGGUUGGCAUUUUUUCCUUCCCAGCGGAAGGAGACGGAUCGAGAAGCAGCGUGUUGUUGCGCUCAGGCACCAGAAUGAGAGCUUUGGAAUCGUAGCUCCACCGAGCCUGAACCAGUGAAGAAUGGAGCCGAGAAUUAUAUUAGUUACAUUAUAACCAGCUAGAACGCACAUAAUUGUAACAAUCCUUAAAUUCCGAACGUGGAAAAGGACAGACAUGCAACCCCUACGCUGAAGAGGAGCGGCAGGGGCAAGAAAAAGGGGGAAAGAUGGGCGCCGUGCUACGGAGUCUGUUGUUGUGUAGUUUUUGUUUGCUAAUACGGGGAGCUCCCCUGCUCCUGUAUGCCAACCGACGGGACCUGCGGCUGGUGGAUGCGUCGCAGGCCCGUGCCAACGCCACGGUGGUUGUCAGCGGCCUGGAGGACGCGGCGGCGGUGGAUUACGUCUACAGCCAGGGCCUGAUCUACUGGAGCGACGUGAGCGAGGAGGCCAUCAAGCGCACCGUCUUCAACCACUCGGGGGGCGCCAGCAGCCCCAGCGGCGUCCAGGCCACCGUGGUCUCGGGCCUGGCCUCCCCCGACGGCCUGGCCUGCGACUGGUUAGGGAAGAAGCUGUAUUGGACAGACUCGGAAACAAAUCGGAUAGAGGUGGCCGAGCUGGACGGCUCGCUGCGGAAAGUGCUCUUCUGGCAGGACCUGGAUCAGCCCAGGGCCAUCGCCCUGGAUCCAGAGAGAGGAUACAUGUACUGGACAGACUGGGGCGAGAUCCCAAAGAUCGAGCGGGCCGGGAUGGACGGUACGAGUCGGCAGAUGAUCAUCGACAGUGACAUCUACUGGCCCAACGGACUGACCCUUGACUAUGAUGAGAAGAAGCUCUACUGGGCUGACGCCAAGUUCAACUUCAUCCACCGGUCCAGCCUUGAUGGAACCUCAAGGGAAGUGGUUGUCGGAGGUGAGCUGCCACACCCCUUUGCGCUGACGCUGUUUGAGGGCACGCUCUUCUGGACGGACUGGACGACGCAUUCGGUGCACUCCUGCAACAAACACACGGGAGACGACCGCCGGGAGAUCCACUCCAACAUUUUCUCCCCCAUGGACAUCCACGUCUUUAGCCAAAAGAGGCAACCGACAGUGCCAACCCCCUGCUCGGUGAAGAACGGAGGUUGCUCCCACCUGUGCCUGCUCUCUCCCAUCAAGCCCUUCUACCAGUGUGCCUGCCCCACCGGAGUCCAGCUACUGGACAACAAGAAGAAGUGUAGAGAUGGUGCCACCCAACUCCUCCUCCUGGCACGGCGCACCGACCUGCGGCAAAUCUCCUUGGACACGCCAGACUUCACCGACAUCAUCAUGCCCGCUGAGGACAUCCGUCAUGCCAUCGCCAUCGACUACGACCCUAUCGAGGGCUAUGUGUACUGGACGGACGACGAGGUGCGCGCUAUUCGCCGUUCCUUCCUGGACGGCAGCGACGCGCAGCUGGUGGUCACCUCGCAGGUGAGCCACCCGGACGGGAUCGCCGUGGACUGGGUCGCCCGCAACCUCUACUGGACUGACACCGGCACCGACCGGAUCGAGGUGACCCGUCUGAAUGGCACCAUGCGCAAGAUCCUGAUCUCGGAAGACCUGGAUGAGCCGAGAGCCAUUGUGCUGGAUCCAGUGGCAGGGUACAUGUACUGGACCGACUGGGGUGAGAUCCCGAAAAUCGAGCGGGCGGCCUUAGACGGUACGGAGCGGGUGGUGAUGGUCAACACCUCCUUGGGCUGGCCCAAUGGCUUGGCGCUGGACUACGACGAGAAGAAGGUGUACUGGGGCGACGCCAAGACGGACAAGAUUGAGGUGAUGAACAUGGAUGGCAGUGGCCGGCGGAUCCUGGUGGAGGACAAGCUGCCGCACAUCUUCGGCUUCACGCUGCUGGGCGACUGGAUCUACUGGACGGACUGGCAGCGGCGCAGCAUUGAGCGCGUGCAGAAGCACACGGAGCGCGAGACCAUCAUCGACCAGCUGCCCGACCUCAUGGGCCUCAAAGCCACCUAUGUGCACGAGACCUUCGGUACGAACGCGUGCGCUGACAACAACGGCGGCUGCAGCCACCUGUGUCUGUACCGUCCGCAGGGCGUGGCGUGCGCCUGUCCCAUCGGCCUGGAGCUCAUCGCCGACAUGAGCACGUGCAUCGUGCCCGAGGCCUUCCUGCUCUUCUCGCGCCACACCGACAUCCGCCGCAUCUCCCUGGAGACCAACAACAACAACGUGGCCAUCCCACUCACCGGCGUCAAGGAGGCCUCGGCCCUGGACUUCGACGUCACCGACAACCGUAUCUACUGGACCGACAUCACGCUCAAGACUAUCAGCCGGGCGUUCAUGAAUGGCAGCUCCCUGGAGCAUGUGGUGGAGUUCGGGCUGGAUUACCCAGAAGGCAUGGCGGUGGACUGGCUGGGGAAGAACCUGUACUGGGCCGACACCGGAACUAACCGCAUUGAGGUGGCCAAGCUGGACGGGCAGCACCGGCAGGUCUUGGUGUGGAAGGACUUGGACAGUCCAAGGGCCCUCGCUCUGGAUCCAGCAGAGGGAUUCAUGUACUGGACAGAGUGGGGCGGCAGGCCUAAGAUUGACCGGGCAGCCAUGGACGGCACCGGCCGCAUCACCCUAGUGGCCAACGUGGGCCGGGCCAACGGGCUCACCAUCGACUACGCCGAGCGCCGCCUGUACUGGACCGACCUGGACACUACGCUCAUCGAGUCAUCUAAUAUGCUUGGUGGCGAUCGGGAAGUCAUUGCGGAGGACCUGCCUCACCCGUUUGGGCUCACCCAGUAUCAGGACUACAUCUACUGGACCGACUGGAGCCUGCGCAGCAUCGAGCGGGCCAACAAGACGAGCGGGCAGAACCGCACGGUGAUCCAGGGCCACCUGGACUACGUGAUGGACAUCCUGGUGUACCACUCGUCGCGACAGGGCGGCUGGAACGCGUGCGCCUCCACCAACGGCCACUGCUCGCACCUGUGCCUGGCCGUGCCGGUCAGCAGCUACGUGUGCGGCUGCCCCGCACACUACUCACUCAACUACGACAACAAGACUUGCAGUGCCCCGACCUCCUUCCUCCUCUUCAGCCAGAAGACAGCCAUCAACCGCAUGGUGAUCGACGAGCAGCAGAGUCCCGACAUCAUCCUGCCCAUCCACAGCCUGAAGAACGUGCGCGCCAUCGACUACGACCCGCUGGAUAAGCACCUCUACUGGAUCGACUCCAAGCAGAACGUUAUCCGACGCGCCCAGGAGGACGGCAAUCAGAGCAUGACUGUGGUGUCCAACUCGCUGGGCGGGCCCAACCUGGGGCUGCAGCCGUAUGACCUGAGCAUCGACAUCUACAGCCGCUACAUCUACUGGACCAGCGAGGUGACCAACGUCAUCAACGUCACGCGCACCGACGGCACCCGCGUGGGCGUAGUGUUCCGUGGCGAGCACGACAAGCCCCGCGCCAUCGUGGUCAACCCGGAGCGAGGAUACAUGUACUUCACCAACCUCCAGGAGCGAUCGCCUAAGAUCGAGCGGGCAGCGCUGGACGGCACUGAGCGUGAGGUUCUAUUCUUCAGCGGCCUGGUCAAGCCAGCUGCCCUCGCCAUCGACAACGAGGCGGGCAAGCUCUUCUGGGUGGACUCGGAGCUGCGGCGCAUCGAGAGCAGUGACCUAUCAGGAGCGAACCGGAUCGUGAUUGAGGACUCCAGCAUCCUGCAGCCGGUGGGGCUGACCGUCUUUGGCGACCACCUGUACUGGAUCGACCGGCAGCAGCAGAUGAUCGAGCGCAUCGACAAGACGACGCGCGAGGGCCGCACCAAGAUCCAGGCGCGUAUCGCCGCCCUCAGCGAUAUCCACGCCGUACAGGAGCUGGACAUGCGCGAAUACAGUAAGCACCCGUGUACGUCUGAGAAUGGCGGCUGCUCUCAUAUUUGCAUAGUGAAGGGAGAUGGGUCAACGCGCUGCUCCUGUCCCGUGCACCUCAUGCUGCUGCAGGAUGAGCUCACCUGUGGAGAGCCACCCACCUGUUCGCCGGAGCAGUUCCAGUGCAGGUCGGGCGAGGUGUACUGCAUCCCGCAGGCGUGGCGCUGCGACGGCUAUCCCGAGUGCGACGACGAGAGCGACGAGCAAGACUGCCCCGUGUGCUCCGAGAGCGAGUUCCAGUGCGACAGCCGCCAGUGUGUGGACCUAUCGCUGCGCUGCAACGGCGAGGUCAACUGCCAGGACAGCUCCGAUGAGGACAAGUGCGAAAUCCGCUGUGCUCCCGACCAGUUCAGUUGUGCCAACGGCCCGUGCAUCGGCAAACACAAGAAGUGUGACCACAACAUGGACUGCACAGACAACUCGGACGAGCUCGGAUGCUACCCUACAGAGGAGCCAUCGCCCCAGCCCUCCAACACCAUCAGCUCCAUCGUGGGGGUCGUCUUGGCGCUGUUUGUGGUUGGCGCCGUGUACUUUGUGUGCCAGCGGGUGCUGUGCCCGCAGAUGAAGGACGACGGCGAGACCAUGACCAACGACUUUGUGGUCCACGGACCCUCCUCCGUGCCCCUGGGAUAUGUGCCGCACCCAAGCUCGCUGUCGGGGUCACUACCGGGCAUGUCGCGAGGGAAGUCGCUGGUUGGGUCGCUAAGCAUCAUGGGUGGAAGCAGCGGCCCUCCGUACGACCGUGCCCACGUGACCGGCGCGUCGUCCAGCAGCUCCUCCAGCACCAAGGGCACUUACUUCCCUCCGAUCCUGAACCCUCCUCCCUCUCCAGCCACGGUGCGCUCUCAGUACACCAUGGAGUUUGGCUACUCGUCCAACAGCCCCUCCACUCACCGCUCAUACAGGGUCUAUAGCUAUCGCCACUUUGCCCCACCAACCACCCCAUGCAGCACAGACGUGUGCGACAGCGACUACACGCCGGGCCGCCGCGUCCCCCACCACCACCACCACCACCACCGGCCACCGGCCGGCGGCAGCACGGGCACCGCCGGCUCCGCCGCCUUCGCCAAGGGCUACGCCAGCGACCUCAACUACGACUCGGAGCCCUUCCCGCCGCCGCCGACACCGCGCAGCCAGUACAUGUCGGCCGAGGAGAACAACUGCGAGAGCUGCCCGCCCUCGCCGUACACGGAGCGGAGCUACUCUCACCACCUCUACCCCCCCGCCCCCCUCGCCCUGUACGGACUCUUCAUGAGCCACUCCGAACGCCAGCCCCGCUGCACUGCCGCCUCACUGUACAUAAUAACCCCCCCCCCCCCUUCCCCAAAAUGGUGCAUCUUCGGACUUUGGUUUCAAAGAAAGAGAAGGAUAAAGAGCACGUGAAAGGCGGGGUGAGUAAGAGACGAGCAUAAAUGGCGAGAAGUCAAGUGGACGGACCUGCCUAUCGGACUUGGUAGGAGAAUCCUGUACUGCUGAAUGGGAGCUAUGGAGAGGUCUUUCAUCCAAGAAACGUGUAGGUGGGCACACUUUGAGCGGGCAAGACAUUUGUACAUGUAAAGAGAGAGAAAAAAGAAAAACAAAAGCAUAUUUAUAUAUUUUCUAUACAGCGUUUAUUGGUUCUGCCAUAGAGGUUUGUAUUAAAAAAGAAAUUUGUACACUUUGUUUUUAUUUUUGUUUUUUUUUUAUUUGUAUUUUUUUUUCUUUUUUUCUUUCAACUUUUAUUUUUCAAAGAAAAAGUUUUAUGGAAUCCUCACACGAUAACGUUGCCUUAAUCCAUGAGAAAAACAAAAACAAAUUAAACUACCUUCUUUGGAGGCUGAAGGACUCAGAAGUGCACGAACAGAGAACAAAUCUAAAGAGCGAAUUGAGAGGGGAAAGCUAACAAAAACAAAAAAAGAGCUGUUUUUCUUUUUUCUUUUAAGUAGCCUUUCUGAUGCCAAAUACGACACACACCAAUGUGUAGAGGGAUGGAGGGAUGGGAGAGGUAAUGGAGGGGAGAGGGCGCCCUCUGGUGUUGCCAGGCCGCUCCUACACUGUGCCAUUCUGCAACAGCGGCAGCCAUUUUGUCAGCAGGGUUGCUGUGUGAUGCAACCAGUAGCCGGGCAAGCUGACGCUCAAUCACCAAGUGUCAGAGAGGGAGAGAUGAACGUUUUUUUUUUGUUUGUUUGUUUUUAACGUGUCUUUUUACGUUUUAGAUGAUUUUAGUCACUUUCCCUCAUGAGCCAUAAGCUGUUCUUUUU